AGCAGUGUGACGUGACGUGUUGUGUGUGGUGAUGCGAUAUGUUUAUGUGAACAAAUUGCUCGUUAGGGAUAAUAUAUUCUCCUCACCCCGGUGUACGAGAUUCAAGACGUCCAUUUUAUCUAAGGCUUGGUGCAAUUCACCAGUCAGCUCUACAGAUCACAUAUAGCAGGAGCUGACCAAAGCUAGAACUUGUCCACCACUACCUUGCCACCAUGUCAGAGGGGAACAUGAAGCAGAUCCUGACGCUGGGCAACUCCAUCAUCGGCGUGUCCAUUCUGGCCAUGCCAUACUGCUUCAAGCAGUGCGGGUUGGUUCUGGGCAUACUGCUGCUGAUCCUGAGUGGCUACAUCAACAGGCUCAACUGCCACUUCCUCAUCAAGUCAGCCAUCAGCACCAAGCGGCGCAGCUACGAGUUCUUAGCGUUCCACAUUUUCGGCCCGAUGGGCAAGUUUGCGAUCGAGGUGAUCCAGAUCGGAUUUCUGUUCGGCAUCUGCGUCUCCUUCUUCGUCAUCGCCGGCGACUUGGGGCCCAAGAUUCUGGCUCAAAUCCUAGACAUCGAGUACACGAGCCGCUUCAGGGCCGUCUUUCUCUGCGGGCUGUGCUUCUUGAUAGUUCUGCCGCUCAGUCUGCUAAGGAAUACGGACAGCUUGGCCAGCAUCAGCGCCAUCUCCAUCACAUUUUACGUACUCCUGGUAUUAAAGAUCGUGUCGGACUCGUGGCGUCACAUCAUCAGUGGCGCCUGGCAAGCGGAGGUGGUGCUCUGGCGGCCGUCCGGCGUCCUGCAGGCGCUGCCCAUCAUGAGCCUCGCCCUUGCCUGCCAAACUAACGUGUUCUCCAUCUACGAGAACCUGCCAGACCCGUCGCUAGGUCGGAUGAACACGGUGGUGGCCGGAGCGAUCAACCUCUGCAGCUCCGUCUACAUCCUGGUCGGCUUCUUCGGCUACGUCGCCCUCCACGACGUCCCGUUCGGCGGCAACAUCCUGGUCCACCUGAUGCCGUCACCGGUCUCGCGCUGGAUCAACAUCGGCUUCGUCAUGUCCAUCGCGCUGGGCUUCCCGCUGAUCGUCUACCCGUGUCGGACCAGCGUCAACUCGCUGCUGUUUAGACGGCCGGGGUCGAGCCUGGAGCUGCCGCAGAACUACAUCCCCGAAACGCGCUUCAAGUGCAUCACCUUCUGCAUCUUGGCGACCGCCAUGUGCAUCGGCAUCGUCAUACCCAGCAUAGAGGUUGUUCUGGGUCUGCUGGGCUCCACCAUGGGCACCGCCAUAGCCAUCCUCUUUCCAUCGGUGAUGUUCAUCAAGAACACCUCCAGGAGCAACCUGGAGAAAAUGGCGGCGCAGGUGACGUUCGUGCUCGGCAUCGUGCUGCUCAUCUGCGGCACCUACAUGAACCUGUACGCCGCGGACCAGCUGGCGCAGGAGCCGGCGUCCGUGGCGCCCGUGCCGCAGCUUGUGACGUCACGGGCCGCGCCGCUGCCCGCGGUGGCCAACACCACGCUCAAACACGACGCCGUGGGGGAGACGCCGCUGGUGGCGGCGGCCAUUCCCGGGGCUGAGGAGGUCCGGAAGGAGCCUGCCGUGCCGGAGCCGCCGGCGGACGGCGGCGCCGAGCCCCAGGAGCGCGGCGCCGAGCAGCCGGAGGCGGCGGAGCGGCAGGCGAAGGCCGGCGGCCGCAAGGCGAAGAGCCGCGACCGGAAGCGCGAGGACGUUGGCGAGAAGCCGAACGACGCGGGCCGGAAGAAGAAGGAUGCAGGUCGGAAGGCGGAGGACGUAGACCCGAAGGCGGAGGACGCAGAUCCGAAGGCGGAGGAAGGCGAGCAGAGGACGGAGGGCGGUGACCGGCUGGACGCGGGCGCGCUGAAGAAGGAGGAGGAGGAGCGCGAGAGAGACGACGCGCUGAAGGCCGCCGACCCUCAGAAGAAGGAAAUCGAGGCCAAGCAGGAGCAGGUGCUGCAGAAGCUGGAGGAGACCCACAAGGAGCAGAAGGAGCUACUGAAGGAGCAAAAGGAGCUGCUUAAGGAGAUGAAGCAGCAACGCUCUGCCAAAGAGUUGGAGCGGAACGCCGGUGUUCCGGACAAUGCGGGUGUGGAUGUUCAAGCUGGAAUACAGCAGCCUGUAGCCAACGUUGGAGUGCAGCAACCUAUGGCCAACGCUGGAGUUCAGCAACCUAUGGCCAAUGCUGGACUGCAGCAACCUAUUGCAAAUGCAGGAGGACAACAACCUGUGGGUAACGCUGGAGUACAGCAACCUAUGGCCAACGCUGGAGUACAACAACCUAUUGCAAAUGCUGGAGUACAACAGCCUAUGUCCAGUGCUGGAGUGCAGCAACCUAUGGCCAAUGUGGGACUGCAACAACCUAUGGCCAAUGCUGGAGUACAACAACCUAUGGCCAAUGCUGGAGUACAACAGCCUAUGGCUAAUGCUGGAGUACAGCAACCUGUGGCCAACGCUGGAGUGCAGCAACCUGUCAUCAAUGCUGGAGUACAGCAACCUAUGGCCAACGCUGGAGAACCACAACCUGUGGCUAACGCUGGAGUACAGCAGCCUAUGGCCAACGCUGGAGUACAGCAGCCUAUGGCCAACGCUGGAGUACAGCAGCCCAUGGCCAACGCUGGAGCACAGCAGCCCAUGGCCAACGCUGGAAUACAGCAACCUAUGGCCAGUCCUGGAGUACCUCAGCCUAUGGCCAACGCUGGAGUACAGCAGCCCAUGGCCAACGCUGGAGUAAUGCAGCCUAUGGCCAACGCUGGAGUACAGCAACCUAUGGCCAGUCCUGGAGUACCACAACCUAUGGCCAACGCUGGAGUACAGCAGCCCAUGGCCAACGCUGGAGUACAGCAGCCUAUGGCCAACGCUGGAGUACAGCAGCCCAUGGCCAACGCUGGAGUACAGCAACCUGUGGCCAAUGCAGGAGUACAACAACCUAUGGCCAAUGCAGGAGUACAGCAACCUAUGGCCAAUGCAGGAAUACAGCAACCUAUGGCCAAUGCAGGAGUACAGCAGCCUAUGGCCAACGCCGGAGUACAACAGCCUAUGGCCAACGCUGGAGUACAGCAACAGAACGUGGUUGGGAUGUCUGGCCAGCAGGUCGCCGGCCAGCUCGUAGCUCAGCAACAGCAGCCGGCUAUGCCAAACCAGCAGCCGCUGUUUCGGAGCCCGAAUCAGCAGGCGGGCUCCAACGAGCUGCCGAUGAUUCAAAGUCAGCAGCCGAACCAGCAGGCGGCGUGGAUUCACCAGCAGGUGAUGUCACAGCAGCAGCAGCAGCAGCAGCAGCAGCCGGUUCAGCAGCAGCAGCAGCAGCAGCCUGUUGGCGCGGCUGGACCAGCACCGGCGCCUCCUCCUGUACCAGCUGCUGACAGCGGAAACGGCGAUCGCAAAUUUAUGUCUCUGCCGGCUGCGCAGCCGCGGGCGCGUCGUGACGCCCCUGAGCCUUCGCCGUCGCCCCCCGACGAGAUGCUGGUGCGUUUGGCCGAGAACUGGGCCGCCGUGGAGGCGGCCGGCUCGCGUGGCGCGCGGUAGCAGCCGUCGCCGCUGUGAGUGGCAGCGGGGGCCAGCGCCGAGGAGGCAGCGGCGCCGGGGGAAGUGGACCGACGGGCCAGUGGAAGCCGCACCGGCGGACCUCAGUGCGCGGUGAUUGUCCUGGUGCAGGACGCGGUGCAGCAGUGACGCGUCUGCGACC